ACUGACAUAAUGGAAGAUUUUUUACAAGAAAAUGUACACGUCAAGAUUACGGAAGCAAAGCCAUAAAUGAUCGUAGUGUUAUUGGCUUUAUAAUGACUUCGAUUUCAAUUGCUUUCAUGAUAUAACGAAGAUUCUAAGAUCCGACGAGUUUUGUACAGCUACUCGGAGAUUCAAGCGCUCAAAACUGGAUAUUUAUAAAAACAACCUUACAAGUUACAACCUAUAUUUCGAUAGAGAAAUUACACAUUGUAAUCUCAUCAUUUAAAGAGAAUGUAAACUAAUGCAUAUCUGAACACACGUUGCAUUCUGGAGGUGAAAAAGGAAUGGAAAAAGGCCUUUGGAAUACUCAUACCUGGGAAGGAAACAGAAAAACAAAGUAUAUCGAAAAAAAUGAAUUAAACUUGAAAGACCUUGGCAUACACGGAGACCCUAAAUACAAGUUACUUGUCCAGUUAAAAUUGCUGCCUACAGGAGUCAAGGAAAGAACACUCAGAAAAUUCGUCUGCAGUUUGAUCAAGGCCGUUGAUUAUGAAGAAUGUCUGCUGAUUGAAAUAAAUGACGAUGUUGUUAAUGUCAUCGGAAGUGACCUACACCUGAUGAAGAAAAAGGUCACUGGGAUAAUGAGCGCUUCAAAGUUUAAGGCAUUAAAAGAAGAGAAAAACAAGUUUCUUAACUUAAAAUAUUCAAACUUCAAGCGUCUUAUUAUAGUUGAAGACAAACGUGUGCUAAAGAUUGAUUUAGAGGGCAAAGAAGAUUUCUAUAUAUGUGAUAUAGAAGUAGUUAGAGGUAAAAGGGCGUAUAACCAAUGCGCUAGAGAAAACAGCAGAGAAAAAUAUCUAAGUGAAUUUCCAAGCUCCAGUCACAACAAUGGACAAAAGAUGAACAAGCCUAUUUCCUUCACAAACCCGAUGUUCAUUACUGAACCACCUGACACUAAGAAACCAGGUAACGUCGGAGAGAAGAACAACUAUGAAACCAUUACAAGUGUAGAUGAUGGCUAUAUAUAUCAUCACAAAAGAAAUACUUCUUCGGAUCGAUCCGAUUCAAUACAAAUAUCAUUCAUGGGAAGAACGGGCACUACAAACCAAGAGCCCCAUUUUUUCCAUUUACAAUUGAAUGAUAAACGUAGCGUUGACAUUUUAAGAGAACAGAUCUACAUGAGAACAAUAAAAAUGUAUAAAGUUCCACGAAAGAAAAUAGAUGCUUUUUAUCUCAGCCUCUCUUUGAACUAUGUGGAUGAAGAAUUGACUUCAGAUGAUAUAUUACAAUGGUCAGAAAAACUCGAAAAGGUUGUGGAGCUCAUCGUGAAAGACUUCAAGACAGAUUUUCUAGAACUAUUGCUGAAUAUAAACGAAGAGAGAGUUGUUGAAAUACUAGCCAAGAUUUCUAAACAUUUUCAACAUCGAACUGACCAACCUCGAAAGUAUACAGAUUUUCUGGACAUUAUUCCCUUAGGAAGUUCCCUGAAACUGUUAAUAGAAGCUAUUGAGAACAAUAAGUUCCGCGCAUCUUUGUAUUACUGGACAAAACAGAAGAACCUGAUAGGAGCGGCACUAGUGGCACAGAAUGUUUUGAAAGAGAAACUGGAAAAUACAUCUUUUAAAAAUGAAAAGAAGAAGUACAAAAAGUAUUUGAGAAUUUAUGAAGAUAUUUCAAUCCAAAUUUUGGACUCCUGCUAUAACAAAGACAGAAUAAGGACUUGGUUUCUUCUUACCAACGAAAUUUUCAAGUGGAAAGAAUCCUGUAUUACGAUAGCCUUAAAAACUAAAAAUAAACUAUUUCUAGCACAAGAGGCUUGUGUUAUGGUUAACAGUUUGAGUUGGCACAAUUAUGUUGGAGAGGAUCUGGAUAUAUUAAAUUUAAAACACGGCAUCAAAGAGACAUUUCUUUCUCCAAGUGGACGUUGUCGUAUGGACAUGUUCUCUUACUUAAUAUUUCUAACGGCCUACAGUGUUCUGUUGGUCUCAACUCUAAACAAGACUACGUUUCAUUGGCUGGAGGCUGUGGUCAUGUCCUAUUUAGGUAUUUUCCUCAUAAAGGAGUGUGACCAGUGUUGCAACAAAAUUUGCAAAAGUCUGAAGCAGUGUGGUUAUAACAUUAGAGAUCCUUUCAACAUCUUGGACCUGCUGUCAAUCACUAUCGGUUUCGUUGGAUGGGCUUUUCGCUGGGCGGCCUACAUCAUCCCUGAAGAAGACAGAUUCAUGAUCGCAGCUCGCUACCUUCUGUGUUUUGACUUCAUGCUCUAUAUGUUCCGAUUCCUGGAGUUCUUCUAUCAGAACAAAGUUCUUGGACCGAUUCUAGUAGUCAUCAGAAAUAUGGUCAGAACCUACAUUCACUUUCUUUUGAUACUGACGAUCUUUUGGGUGGCCUACUCUAUUGUUUCAGAGAGUAUUUUAUACCCAGAGAAGGAACUGAAAGCAGAUAUCCUCUAUUCAGUUUUUCGCAGAGGAUUCUGGGCCAUGAUGGGAGAAUAUUUUCUAGAUGAAAUAGAACAUUUCUCAGUUGGAUCUUGCUCUAACCUUAAAUCUGAAAAUAGUUCUAACAUGAGUUGCCCGACUGUAGACGGGGAAUACUCCAUUCCAAUACUGCUGGCAGCGUAUGUUCUAUUUGUUCAGAUACUGAUGUUCAAUUUACUGGUCGCCUUGUUCAACAAUGAUCUCUCAACCAACGAAUCCAAAAGAGACAUGAUCUGGAGUUACCAAAAAUGUAUGCUUUGUAUGCAGUAUUCGGAGUGCAAAAUUCUAUUACCUCCCUUUCUACCUUUUUCUUUCUUAUUGAGAGGAAAGGUUGGCAAUCCAUUCAAAUCCAAACUCAACGAGGGAUACAUUGCACUUGUAGGCUUUGAACGAAGUGCAGCACAACAUAUAAUAGAUAAACUCAUCAAAGAGAGAUACAGUAAAAAUGUUUCACGCGAAUAUAGAAAAGAUAAGAAUGAAACAUUAGAAAGCAGAAUUGAACAGCUACUAGAAUUGUAUGAGAAUCAACGUAGCAGUAAUACAAGUCGAGGUUCUGCUGCAACCCAUGACACAUCGAUAUCAGAUUACACACAGAUAGACAGCCAAAGAAUAAACAUAUCAGAUAAAAUAGAGAAAAUAGAAAGCAAGGUCGACAAGAUAUUAGAGCUGUUUGAGAAACAUAGGCAACCUUCUGCUUGUUCUGAUGACAUAAAGAGAAAUCCUCAAGAAAUAGCUGGAUCAGGUAGUGAAAGUCGACAGCACUCAAGCAGACUACAAGACCAGCUCACCGGCUCUAAUGAAAUAAGAACAGACCUCUUUACUGAUUAUACUGACGAAAUAACAUAUCGUACAUGACCUUUUGUAAACGGUUUCAAAAUGUAUAUAACAGACGCAGACUUCAAGAAAUAUACAAAACUGGCCAAGAAAUUACAAACAAUGAACUGCAAUAGGAAUCAAUGGAUCGUCUUCUAUUAUUACUAUUACUAGCCUAUCUUAUUGAUUUCAAUCAACCAACGAGAAGAGUCUUUUUACAUUAGCUUUUUAUCAGUACAUGUUAAAUAAUUAUACUUUUAAUGACAUUUUCAUUCUUUUUUAAUGUGUCAUCCAUUUUUGUCAUGUAAAUGAAAAUAACUACAUCUAUAUGAGACAUUGUUAAGUACACGCUUUUCACAGUUAUUAUUUAAUGGGUUAGAGCAGGGGUUCUCAGCCUGUGGGUCGCGACCCCCUUGCGGGUCGAUUGACGAUUUGCCAGGGGUCGCCAAAGACCAUCGAAAAAGUUUAUUGUUUUUGUCUAUUCCUCUAUUGCUGUGUGUGUGUGCGGGGAAGGGGGGGGGUCGCGGCAGAGUUAGGGAUUGUAAAAAGGGGUCGCCGAGCUGAAAAGGUUGAGAACCGCUGGGUAAGAGGAUGAAAUGACGAGUGGAUGAAAGAUUAGGCGAUGACGUGACAAAGGAUGAGUUGUCUUUUCAAAAAGGAAAUUUGCUAUGUUUAUCUUUUUUUUUGUGUGAUUAAUCUAUAUUUUUUUUAUUUAUUUUUUUUUAGAUUUUAACUUGACAACUAUUUUGUAAUACAUUAUACACGCUCAUAUGUUUCUAAGGACGACGGUUAGCAUAGGGUCUAAUCUAAUGUGGCAAGUGCAACGAAACUAUUGCCUUUAAACCCCCAAAACGUAUGGUUCGACUGUAGGGCAUCCUGUUCAUCACAAAGUUUAUACCUUAUCUAACUUAUCUGGCUGAGCGGUAAAGCGCUUAGCUACCGAACCGGGGUCCGGGGUACGAAUCCUGGUGAAGACUGGGAUUUUUAACUUCGGGAUCUUCGGGCGACUCUGAGUCCACCCAGCUCUAAUGGUUACAUAACGUUAGUUGGGGAAAAGUAAAGGCGGUUGGUCGUUGUGCUGGCCACAUGACACCCUCGUUAACCGUGGGUCACAGAAACAGAUGACCUUUAUAUCAUCUGCCCUAUAGACCACAAGGUCUGAAAGGGGAACUUUACUUUUUUAAACUUAUCUGCUACUUCUUUUCUUUAAUUUAAUUUAAACCUGUGACAAAUUUACAUUUAUUUAGUGAAUCUUUAUUAUGAAAUUAUUGCUAUUUUAAUGUAUAAAUGCAACUUAUUUUACAUUGGAAAUUGUUAAUCUUUUAUGCCUUAUAUGGAAUCAUGUUAAUUAUCAUGAUACGCAAAGAUAGAAAUAUAUAAUAAACAGAGACACAAAUAUAUGAUAAGCAAAGAUAGAAAUAUAUAAUAAACACAGAUGAUAAUAUAUGAUAAACAAAGAUAGAAAUAUAUAAUAAACAAAAAAAAUAAAGAUAUGAUAAACAAAGAUAGAAAUAUAUAAUAAACAAAGAAAGAAAUAUUUGAGUUGUGUUUGUGCUUGGGGGCGAAACUGACCUGAGGACUGUGUUGAUGUGUUAACAGAGGAGUUAUGAUCGCUGAUUUUCGACGGAUAAUUGUUUUUCUUGAA